AAAUAGAUUGGCUGUGAUUGACUUCGGAAGAACUUCUCACAAACAUGAGAGUACUGGCCGUGUUCCUCGGGCUAGUCCUCGGCUCAAAUGGUUUUCUGUUUACGCGCAGCGUGUGUUACAAUGACGACGGCAUCGGGUGUUUCAGUAACGGAUCCCCAUACAACAACGCCAAGGGUAACCUGCCCGAGUCCCCCGCACAUAUACAGAUAAAGUUCCUGUUGUACACGCGGGUAAACACGCAUUCCCCGCAGCACGUGAGUAAGGAACCCCUGUCCAUCAAGCAAUCACACUUCCAGGGAAGCCGGCGGACCGCCUUUAUUAUCCACGGAUAUACGGAUAACGGCCACAGUGAGUGGCUGACAAGGAUGGCGCGGGCCAUUUUACAAAGGGAGGAUGCGAAUGUAUUUGUUGUGGACUGGGAAAAAGGUGCAGACAACGUGAACUACGCGAAGUCCGCCGCCAACACGCGGGUCGUUGGCGCCCUCUUGGCACAGUUCAUUACUGUCUUGCACGACACUUCCGGUGCGCGGUACGGAGACGUCCACCUGAUCGGCCACAGUCUCGGCUCCCACAUUUCUGGGUACGCAGGAGAGAGGAUACACGGACUGGGCAGGAUUACAGGUCUGGAUCCAGCUGGACCCCUAUUUGAGAAUAAGGACGCGCGCGUGCGGCUUGACCCUACUGACGCGCUGUUCGUGGAUGCAAUCCAUACAGACGGAGAUUCCCUCCUCGAACUAGGUUUUGGCCUUGAGCAGCCUGUCGCUGAUGUUGACUACUUCCCCAACGGCGGUGAAAAACAGCCCGGUUGCCCGAACGAGAUCGGCAAACACCUCUUCUCCCUAAUCACUGGCAAAAUCGGGGCUCUGGUUGACGGUGUAGCAUGCAGUCAUAUGCGGGUAUUAGACUUGUUCAUCGAGUCCAUCAACUCCCCGUGUCACUUCCGGUCGUAUCCAUGUGCGUCUUUGGCAGACUACAAGGCCGGACGCUGCACCUCCUGUGGAGCCGGAUGUGCCAACAUGGGGUUCGACUCUAACACGGGCCACCCCCAUCAUGGCACCUACUACCUAUCAACCCAUGGGGCGACACCUUACUGUGCACAGUAAACAUGACCGUGUGCUUUUAGUGUAGUCUACUGUUGUCAGUUGUAACUUUGAUUAUUAUAAUGAAUGAUUUCAAUUUA